AUGAUUACAGCCAAUGCUUUCAAAACCUGUCAAAACCUGAAGCUAGAGCUCUAUGCGAGGCAGCGCGCAUGGCUCUAUGCGAGGCAGCCUGAGAGGGCUCGGGGAACAGGUGGCUCCGGCGGGGCGGCUCGGCUUCCGGUGGCUUAUGUAGCUGAGCUCUCGGCUCGGGUCCUCCUUGGCUGCCAUCGCCGUGCCUGGGCGCGGAGUGUCGGCUCGGGGGAGAGCCUGUCUUCACGCCCUCGGCGCUACCUCCACGGCCGAGCUCGCUGGCUUGACCGUGAGAGCGUCCCGGCCGAGCAGCCCCGAGGGGGGAGGGGAGGCCAUGUUGACCCGACCGACUCCCCGGAACCCCGCAGAGCGGCUGGGAGAGGCUGCGGAGCCGCGGUCUCUGCCGCUGUCGGUGCUUCCUCGACGAGGCCGUCCGGAGGUCGCCCGCGCCCUCUCGAGCCUCCUUUUCCCCACGCUUCCCCGGUGCUCCGGCCUGAGGACACCGAGCGAGGAGUUGGCCCCAGUGAGAGGGACGAUCCCGUGGGGCCGCCAGCGGCGGGAGCUGGGGGGCCGCUCCUCCCAGUGGCGAAGACGACGGACGACCUGCUUUGCAAGUUGCUCCCGAUCGGGGACUCGCGAGCGGGGAAGACCUGCGUCCUUUUCCGCUUUUCGGACGAUGCCUUCAAUACCACCUUCAUUUCCACCAUAGGACUCGACUUUAAGAUCAAAACUGUUGAAUUACAAGGAAAGAAGAUCAAGCCACAGACAUGGGAGACAGCAGGCCAGGAGCGGUUUCACACCAUCACAACCUCCCACUGCAGAGAAGCAAUGGGCAUUGGCUAGCUGCAGCUAGCAUGUGACAUCGCCAAUGGUCAGAGUUUUGAAAACAUCGGCAGAUGGCUUAGAAACAUAGAUGAGCAUGCCGAUGAAGAUGGGGAAAGCAUGUCACUAGGAAACAAGUGUGAUAUGGACGAUAAAAGAGUUGUACCUAAGGGACAAGGAGAACCGAUGGCAAGGGAGCACGGUAUUAGGGUUUUUGAGACGAGUGCAAAAGCAAACAUUGAAAAGGCCUUUCUCACAUUAGCUGAAGAUACCCUUCGUCGAAAGACCGCGGCAGAAGAGCCCCGCAGUGAAAAUGUAGGUACCGGCAGCGGAGGAGGCGCGACAGGCUGGAGGAGCACAUGCUGCUGA